AUGGAGGACUCUGGGAUCGUCAUUGUGAGGGACAGCGUGGUAACUAGUCAAACCUCGAACGAGGAAAAGCAGUCAUCCAGCGCAUAUGGACGCAAGAUUGGUGAUCCGGUCCCCGAUUUGCGAGACCGAGCAGCAUCGACAGGGGCGGCUAAAAGAAAGCCCGAUUCGGCUGUCAUUAUGUUCGGCCCAACGAUUGACCAAGGCAGCGGUUCCGCCUCCCGCCCGAUCCCACCCAUAGAGAUCGGCUCUUUCGUUGCUCUCUCCCCCGAUGAUAGUGAGUUCAUCGGCAGCGCGAGUGGUGCUUUCUUCGCGAAUACUGUCUUCCGAGCUUUUGCUAGGGCAGCGUCGGCCACCGAUGCUGACUUGGGGCGGCCCGAAGAGGGGAGAGACGCAGGUCAUGGUGUUCCUGACCCGGGUUCAGCCCACACCUACCUCGUUGCACCUGAACACGGUGGAGAACAAACCACCGACAAUGAGCCACGGCAGCAAGAUAGCCCAACAACUCUAGCCCCUGGUACCCGGUCUUACGGGGUGACUGCCACUGGGCUGGGUAUUGCUCCACCGCCUGCCGUGGCCCAGAAACUCCUUAUGCUCUAUUUCCGAAACUGGCACCCUUUCCUCCCUUUUUUGCAUGGACCUACUUUCAUUGAGAGUGUCAACCGCUUCUACGAUGAAGAUAUCCUCUCUGAAGACGCUCCUACUGCUCAUCCGAGCCGGUUAACUCGGGCAGUGACAUUCCAGUGCAUCUUCAACAUCACAGCACUGGCGUCUGGAGAGACGUUGGAUCCGGCCUGUCGCAUUCAGUCGUCAUUCGCUUUAACUUCCCUCAUAGGAGUCAUCUUCUCCAGCCAUGACAUUGCCUCUCUACAGGCUCUUUUAGCCGCGGAACUGUACUUGACAACCACCAUGUCAUUGAGAGCAGCGUCGGCGAUCCACGGGGCGCUGGUCCGAACCAUGUAUAACUCGGGGUUCCAUCGAUGCCCUUGCCGCUACAUACAGCUCCAAUCCACUGUGUCUAUGAUUAGGAAACGAAUCUUUUGGUGCGCCUAUGUUCUAGAUCGGUACUUAAGCCAGGUUUUAGGGCAUCCAUCUUCCAUCGAGGAUGGAGAGGUAGACGUCUGCAUCCCUGGAAUGGUUGAACUGCAUAGGGCUGUUACCAAGCCCAGCGAGCCUGUAGCCACUUCCCAGUCAACAUUGAACGAAGAGGUUCUUGAUCACUUACCCAGCGAUCGAGCGGCCACAGAUGGUAAUGAUGGAGAAGUCUCCCCCCAGAGACACCCAAGCAGCCGCCCAAGGGAUGCCGCGGGAGGCAGUGACAGUCUCACCGUUUAUAGUCCAGCGCAACACCAUACUGCCGCUGGGAAAGAGGCAGGCCAAUUCGUCCUAAGCUAUAUGGCGACAUAUUCACGCUUAAUGGGAGAAAUCGUCAGCGAAUUCCACAGGUCGAUUCACAGCCGAGCCAUCAGCCCCGAGAAGAUUGAGGAAUUAACCUAUCGAAUACAUUGUUGGUGGAAUAGCCUCCCCCCAACAUUCCAAGACGAGACACACGACGUCCCCGCAUCAACGCCAUCUUCCUACACCAAGAGUCCUUGGGUUGCGCUCUUUACUAUGUUGUAUAAUUAUCUCAUUUUGCUGGUCAACCGCCCUUUCCUAUCGCUCCCCACAGACCGCAAAAUGUUUCGGUCUAGCUUGCAGACAGCCCUCAGCGCGAGUCACAAUACCGUGAUGAAGCUCAGGUGGUAUACAGAUGACCCCUUCGUGAUGGCUUGGCCAGGGACUUUAUCGGCCACAUGGAUGGCCGGCCUAGCAAUCGCCUUUGCAACUCAAUUAGAGCUCUACCCCUUCGCGAAGGGCAGCUCAGAUAUCGGGCACUGCCUAACAAUCCUGGAAGCCAUGGCUUCGCGCUGGACCAGUGCUCGCCAUUGUCAUGGUGCACUCAAAAAGCUUCUUGAACAGCUCAACAACUAUUUUAGUGGAGAUCCGCCGGGCAGAUGCACGCCUUUGUUCUCAUUAAGACCUGAGCGGGUCCUCAGCAGGUCAAGGAUGGAGGGGCCACCCUUGGAUGUAAAUUCCGCCAUGUUCGAAGAGCGAAGCGCAAAACGACAAAGGCUCCAUGACGAAGCCGGAAGGCGACCGCAAUCAUCUUUCCAGCGCUAUGCUCCCAAUGGCGGAUUUGGACCUAGUGUUAAUGCAUUUACCAUGCAGGGUUCGAUGCCUGUCAUGGAGUACACCGGCCCAGACUUUGGGUUCGAUGCGUCUCGACUUGGUGGGCAGGAGUUCCCCAGUGAUCCUCUAGAUUCCGACAUAGCAGGUCUUUUUAGCAAUGUUGACUGGGAUGUAUAUAUUCAGGGAUUCGGGCAAAACUUUGGCGCGUAG